AUGUCGCUCACAGCUCCCUAUGAUAAUGCCAUGCGCCUUGGUGAGCACCCACCGUUCUCAUAUACCCAUCUCGCCUCCUGCCAAGGCUUCAACACAUACACUCAGGAGAUCCGUAUAGAGAACGCCGUUACCAUCAAGCCAAAGGCACCAGCCACAGCGACCCAAGUUGUGGCUCCCAAGGCAAUCAAGAAUGGGACGCUUGCAGUCCCAGCGAAGGGCACACCUUCAAUCGUGACGCCUCCAGUUACCCCUCCUCCGGCAAACAAGUCACAGAGCAGAAGUGAGCCGUCAACACCGACUCCUGCGCCAAAGAGGUCUGCCGCAGAUGCCGGGAAUUUGGCCGAGCUUCCAACCAUGGAAACGUUACAGGAUCGCGGCAUGCCGUCUCCCGCAGCCUCCAUAAUGGAAGUGGAUGACUCGGUCGAGACAGCAGUUUUCUCGUUGCCAGACAUUGACGGCGCUCCCCCGAACCAGACAGUGACGUACAGCACGCGCGCCAUCGACAACGUCAGCGACAUCAUGGACGCACUCAACAUCUCGACGGCCAUGUCCAUCAAAUACGGAACGAUCCACGGCAACGCGUCUGCUGGGUUCGUGAACGAAAACAAGGUGCUCGACUCGCAACUCAACUACAUCGUCAGCGUCAAAGUCAACAACGAGAACUGCCUGUCCUCCAGCCACACGCACAUGCACAGCGGGGACAUGGUGUUCAACCCGGUCGACGACAUGCCGCCAGAGCACUUCACCGACGUCUACGGCGACGCCUUCAUCUCGGGCUUCCUCGAGGGCGGCGAGUUCUCGGCCGUCAUCUCCAUCCAGGUGGCCGACAGGUCGCGGCUGCGGCGUGUCAAGCAGGCGGUCGACCUCGCGCUGGCCGUCGGGCCGUCGCCCGUCUCGAUCGGCGCGCAGGAGGCCGUCAACAAGGACCACUCUGAAGUGAUGCAGGACACGGAGAUGACCAUCUCGGUCAACUGGACGGGCGGCGGCGACAUCAAGAAGCCCGAGGUGCCGUGGUCGCUGAACACGGUCGUCGCCGUGGCCAACGCCUUCCCGUCCAUGGUGGCGCGGAGCAGCUCGAAGACGGCGGCGGUGCUGACGCGGUACGAGAGCUUGCGCGGCUUCCAGGCCUGGAAGUGGAGGAUGGAGGCCAAGGAGAAGGGGUGGGUGGAGAGGCUGCAGCAGCUGAACUACACGCCGUGCUCGCUGUACACGGCAGAGCUGUUCGACGCGCUCAUGUCGUAUAAAAAGUUGUGGAAGAGGGUUGGUGGAAUGCUCAAGGACCCGUCCAGAUGGCAGGCCAGGAAGCCCGUGGCCAGGAUCAGCGCGCUGCACGAUGGCCACGACCUGUUGUACGAGUCGCCAACCAAGACGCGCAAGGCCUCGGACUCCGCUCCUGAUUCUCCCACCACUCUGGCGUCCAUCUCGACGUCGACAAACAUCCAGGAGCGCAAGCACACAUUCGACAUCGACGACCCCCUGAUCCUCGAAGGCCGCAGCCUCAAGGAGCUGAACGCGACGCACGAUCCCAUCCCGGUCGACCCCGUCGCCCUCAACGAAGCCCGGCUGCUCUGCCGCCAGGCCAUGACGCUGAUCACGGAGGAGGCCGCCCGCCUCGUCUCCCACCCGGAGCUCGCAUACGCCGACUUCAGCCUCAAGACGCAACGCACCAAGCUCAAGCGGCCCAACUACGCCUACCCGGAAGUCCUGGCGGCCCGCCUGCCCGUGCCCCUGCGCAACGACGCCCUGCCCACGGCCUUUCCCUCGUCGGCGGCGGCGCGGCUCACGCAGGCCUUUGCCCGCGGCGACGAGCUGCACUGCAUCCUGGUCGGCGACGAGCCCAACCCGAACCGCACCGUCAAGCCCUUCACCUCGCUCGCCAUGGCGCCCUCGACGGCGGCGACCACUCCCGCCGACGGCGUGGCGUCGUCGUCGUCGUCGUCCGCAGCGGCCGAGGAGAACGCAGACCUCGAAAACGACGCCCCGCCGCGCCUCGCCCGCCUCAGCCUGCACUCGUACCACCACCACGCCCUCUCCCUGUCCUCCUUCUCCAAAGCCUCCUCCCACGCCAUCGGCGCCAUCGGCUUCCGCUUCACUACCACCGCCAAAUCACCGUCCAAGACCUUCCCCGAAAAACAAGACGGCUGCACCCACCACGCCGGCUCCCCCUCCUUCCACACCCUCUCCUCCACCGGCGGGCCCUCCUGGCGCGCGCUCGAACUGGCGCCGCACGCCGCCGGCGGCGGUCGCCCGGCCGUCGACGUCGUCCGCGUCGACGUCUUUUACGCGCCGCGCAGCCACCGCAUCGCGGGGCUGGCGUUUUGGGACGAGUUUGCGGGGAAGCGGGUCGAGCGGCUGGCGUGGCGGCAGUGGGAGGUGGAUGCGAGGGAAGGGGGAGCGGGGGCGGGAGCGGGGAGCGGUGCUGCUGCUGCUACGUCGUCCGGGACGGGGACGGGGAUGGGGACGACGCAGGAGUUGCCGGAGGGGAUGGUGUGCGUGAGGCAGGAGCCGCCGAGGGAUGGGGCCAGGUGGGCGUUUGUGGGCUUGUCGGGCGAGUUGGAUGAGAGCGUUUGGGGGAGCGUGUUGAGCAGGGUGGGUGCGGUGUGGAGGCGAGUGGAGGAGGAUAGGGGGGAGGCGGAGCUGGAGUUGUGA